AUCGCAGGGGUAAAACAAUAAAUCGCCGCUAUCACUUUAAAUCGCCAGUCUCUGGAUCAGCAGAGAUCAUAAACUGUUUGUUAGUGGAGCGGGGGAAUAUCACACGAUUUCACCCGGGAUCGUCCGCGUGUCGCUGCAGUUUACAGCCGGAUACUCGUAGUUAUUUAUUUCUAACAAUUCUGUCUAUAUAGAUAGGUCUUUCAGAAGCACUUAAUAUUGUUUACCAAAGAAAUGGUGAUGGAGAAGCCAAGUCCCCUGCUUGUAGGGCGGGAGUUUGUGAGGCAGUAUUACACUCUGUUAAACAAGGCACCAGAUUUUCUGCACAGGUUCUAUGGGAGGAACUCUUCCUAUGUACAUGGAGGACUUGACCCAAGUGGAAAGCUAGCAGAAGCUGUUUACGGGCAAGCGGAAAUCCACAAGAAGGUCAUGUCCCUGCAGUUCAGUGAAUGCCACACAAAAAUCAGGCAUGUGGACGCCCACGCCACACUGAGUGAUGGAGUUGUGGUGCAAGUCCUCGGAGAACUUUCCAACAAUGGUCAGCCCAUGAGGAAGUUUAUGCAAACUUUUGUGCUUGCUCCAGAGGGUUCAGUGCCCAACAAGUUCUAUGUCCACAAUGACAUCUUCCGUUACGAGGAUGAGGUUUUUGGAGACUCUGAAGCUGAGCUCGAUGAAGAAUCGGAGGAGGAAGUUGAGGAAGAGGCCGAGGAGAGGCAGCCUUCCCCUGAGCCACUUCAGGAAAGCCCCAACAGCACCACCUACUAUGAACCCCACCCUGUCAGUAAUGGAGUUGAGGAGCCCAUGGAGGAGCCGGCUCCAGAACCAGAGCCGGAGCCCGAACCAGAGCCCAAAGCAGAGGAGGUGAAGCCCGAAGUAGACGAGAAGGUUCCAGACGAGAUGGAAGAGAAGGCACCCUCACCGGUUCCUGUGGAGUCCCCACCGAGCACCCAGGAGCCUCCCAAGACUUUCUCCUGGGCCUUGGUGACCAGUAAAAACCUUCCUCCUACCGGCACAGUCGCCUCCUCCGGAAUGUCACCCCAUGUUGUUAAAGCACCAAGCUCACAGGCCAGAGCUGAUGCCAAGCCGGAAACACAGACGGCACCACUUCGGACCAGAGACCAGCGCACACGUGAAAGACCAACCUUCACUCAGCGUGGUCCAAGGCCUGAUGGUGUUGCAUCUUCAGAGUCACAAACGGGAAAACCUCACUUGAGUUUUGUUAAAGGUGGCCGGGGAGAUGGGGAAUCUGGAGAAAUGGACAACAGGCGGAUUGUUCGGUACCCAGACAGCCACCAGCUGUUUGUUGGCAACCUCCCACAUGAUAUUGACGAGAGCGAGCUUAAAGACUUCUUCAUGACAUAUGGAAAUGUGAUGGAGCUGCGGAUCAACACCAAGGGCGUUGGUGGAAAGCUGCCCAACUUUGGAUUUGUGGUCUUUGACGAUUCUGAUCCUGUCCAAAGAAUCCUGGGGGCCAAGGUAGAAGGGCCCAUCAUGUUUCGAGGUGAGGUGCGACUGAAUGUGGAGGAGAAGAAGACCAGGGCAGUGCGUGAACGGGAGACCCGUGGAGGAGACGAGCGUCGGGACAUGAGGCGCAACGAUCGGGGUCCCGGAGGUUCACGAGGCAUCGUGGGAAGUGGAAUGAUGCGUGAGCGGGAUGGGAGGGGACCCCCACCUCGAGGCGGCAUGGCCCCAAAACCUGGCAUGGGCACUGGAAGGGGCGCCGGAGGGCAGGGAGAGGGUCGCUUCACAACCCAGCGCCGCUGAAGUGAGCGCAACCUGCCGCUUGGAAGAAAUACCGUGUUCUUCAUCUUCAACCGUUCUCAUUAACGAAAAGAAAUCUUCAUGUAUAAACAUAUAUAUUUGUUUUUUUUUGUUUAUUUUUUUAUUUUUGUUCCCUCUUUGCUUUGGAAUGUGACACAGCCGGUCAACCAUUUGUUUUGUGGAAUAGACGAAACAAAAUACGCAAACAAAAUAUAUUGCCUAUUCGUUGUGAGCUGAGCAUCCUUUUCAGGUAUCUCAAGAAUUCACAAACUUUAAUUUGUAAAUUCGUGAAAAGAGGCAAACCAACCAGGAGUAAUCCACCACAUUAGGAGGGACUGAUGAGACUUUAAACUACGAUAAUACAGCCCAUCAUUUGGAAAAGAGAUUAUAUGCCUUGACUUAACCGGGGCGCUGCUUCACGAAAUUCCUCUAUUGCACAUUUUAUAUGGUAGUGUUCUGCCCGUUACUGUUGGAAAAGGGUGAGUUGCAAAUUUGUGCAGUUCCAGGGGAAAAGUUUGCCUUUUACUUUUUUCCUUUUGAGAGACCACUGCUUCAAAAUUGCAUAAUGCACUCAUCAAGAUGCACUAAUGGGUACUUUUGUCAUGUAACAUUGACAUCCAUGCUCGGAAUGCAGCUGGAGAGACCUCUUUUGUCUCAAAGCGAUACGACUUACCGGGGCAGGCCUCGCUCACAGCACGUCUGCUGUGACCAAUGUACUUUUCACACUUUUGACCCAAAUCUAGGCUUCAAUUACUGCUGGAUGGACAAGAUGACGGAAAUCUGCAUUAUAUUUUUUUCCUUGUUUAUAAUUCAAAUAAAGAGAAGAAGCUCAAAUCCUGGACUUUCACCGCAUGAGUGGGGGGGGGACAAAGGAUGAACCACAAACAAAGUUGAACAAUAGAAGAGUUGGUGAAGGUGAUGGCGCCUCGAUCUGUUUUUCUUUGGAUUCAAAGUUUUUGUUCAAGUUUUUCCCUGCCAGCUAGACCGCGAAAACGGGAAUGGACGACACCUUCCUCCCUCUUCUCUCCCUCCCUGUCUUAAGUGCGGAUAACAGAAUAAAUGUGCAGCAAAGAUCAUAGUUUACUGUAUGUUUUGUUAUGUGUAUAUAUAUUUUUUUGUUUCUCUCUCAACUUGACAAAAGCAUGAUGGUGCCUUCUACUUCACCUUUUCCAGUCUUACUAAAACGUAAAGCGGUUCAGGACUCGCUUCAUCCUAAUAAACGGAGCUGCUCAUUUUGAACUAUUGUCUACUGUGAGCAGACUUUAAAAAAAAAAAAGGAAAAACUUGCAGUAUUCACAAGAUUAAUUUUUUUUUCAGGUGCAUAUUUCAUUUUUUUUUUUCAUGCUGUUUUACUACCUAAGAUGAUCUGCUGUGAGUUUUGUACAUUUGUUUUGUAUUGUGUCUGUUCUGGGUUUUGUAGAGACAUUGGGUUCCUCCAGUUCUAUUUGAUGUUAAUAUCCCCCCACCCCCCAAAAAGGUACAGUUGAAUGACAAUAGUGGCAAAAUGGUUGUUUCUUGGUUAACAACUCAUAGCUCCACACAAGCAUGAUCUCGGUGAACUAUUUUAUUUUGGAAAGAGUUAACGUUUCAAUGGGAUUCAGAUACUGUCGACCCUUUCUUUCAGCCUGACCAUAGUUUUUUUUAACUCAUGGCAGAACUCUUGAUUAUUUCCUGGACUCGCACGUCGUCAGACUGUUCUUUUCUCAACAACUAUUUUGUAAUGAUCUGUGUAGGUGGGCUGGCCGCAGCGCCGGCCCACAGGCAAAGCAAAUAAUUGUGCUCACUUUUCUAGCCAUUUAUGCAUUUGUAUUUUCAUACGCUGAUGAAUCAUUGUGCAUAUUUCAUUUAUCGUUUAUUUUUUCACUCGGGGCAAGUCUCAUCUGAAUGCCUUACUUCUCGGUCUCUCGUCCAUUAGGAGUAUUUUGUUUUUGCCACUUUGCAGGGAGGGAAGAGCUUUGGUUUCAGCUGGGAAGGAAAACAUGACAUGAAGAUGUUAAUCUUUUUAUUUUUCGUUAUCUUGCACUGAAAUGGGAAGUAAAAUUUGAUGUAGCAUUUCCUGGACAAAUAUAUUAAUGAGGUCUUCCUUGUCUGGUGGUAUUGCACUAUUUCCAACGGUUCUGGGAAAAUCUCAGUUUGAACUCAGCCUCGCUCCAAAUUUUUCUUCUGCCAACAAAAAAGGACAUCAGUAUCAAAUAUGUUUACUCUCCCUCACAUGGAUAAUUUGUAAUUUGGCUGCUGACUAUUGUGGUUGGGAUGAAAUCUUUUCAGUCAAGAUUCUUAAUUUGUUACCAUCAGCCAUUAGAGAAAACCUCAGCCUGUUUUCAACAGAUACUUCUCAUCAGUGCCUCUACCCCAAAUGUUUUCACAUAAUCGCUCAACACAGGCACUUGAUUUGUAUCAUACUUUGUACAGCAGCGGUCAGUGAAGAGAGUGGUGAAGAAGAGCCAUCAUGCUUAUUGACCAAUUUUGUGCUUUUACAUUGUAGUGGUGGUUUCCAAAAAGCAUUUGAGUUUAUAAGAUUCACGGUUGGACAGGUCUUUUUCACGGAGCUUUUUAACGAGCCACCCUGUUUACAAACUUUAAAAAUCAGGAUCCUCCCAAACAGAAGAAAACUGUACAUUUAUUUUCCUGUGGUAGAUAAUGCAGUAGAGUGGAUCCUCAUUGUGAAUCAUUCCAGACCCUUUUUUUCAGAAAUGGGAAAUAGAAGAACCUUCUUGGCUUUAGCAGGUGUGGUCAACAGUCGGCUGCCAUCUUUGUUCUUCUGUGUUUACCCCUUGCUUCUAGUACAAAGCUGUUGCAGGUGGAGAAUCUUUUUUUGUUUGGUUUUGUUUUCUUUUAGUUGUUCCCCCCCUUUCCAUUUUGAAUGUGUUGGACUUAACAUACAAUAAACUACUGAUAUCAGCACCACUAA